CUAUGCCUAUCACCAACUUGUAGAAAAUAGGGUUUAAAGAAAUCAGCUAGAGUGGCCUGCUUUCAACACUGAGACUUCGUGAUGCAAGGCCCUGUCAGCUCCCACCAAAGAUUACUAUUCACGCUCCGGGCACAUAAGUAAGGUAAGGAGCUGCGGACUGAGGGGAAUAUCUGUCAGCUUCCCCAGGGUCUCCCCAACAAGAUCAUUAUUCCAAGCGGAGGUAUCCACAAGAAGACUGUCCCCUCAAUCUGCAAAAUGAAGGACCGGCUAUCUGAACUUAUGGAGUUAACCAAGAACUAUGACCAGCAGUUCGCAGACGACGACGAUGACUUUGACUCGCCCCACGAGGACAUCGUGUUCGAGACGGACCACAUCUUGGAGUCGUUGUACCGAGACAUCCAGGACCUUCAGAACGAAAACCAGCUGCUGAUGACCGACGUGAAGCGGCUGGGAAAGCAGAACGCCCGCUUCCUCACGUCCAUGCGGCGCCUCAGCAGCAUCAAGCGCGACACCAACUCCAUCGCCAAGGACAUCAAGGCCCGGGGCGAGAACAUCCACCGCAAGCUGAGCGCCAUGAAGGCGCUGAGCGAGGAGGCCGAGGCCCGGCACGGCCCCAACUCGGCGGUGGCGCGCAUCUCGCGGGCGCAGUACAGCGCGCUCACGCGCACCUUCCAGAGCGCCAUGCACGAGUACAACCAGGCCGAGAUGAAGCAGCGCGCCAACUGCAAGAUCCGCAUCCAGCGCCAGCUCGAGAUCAUGGGCAAGGACGUCUCGGGCGACCAGAUCGAGGAUAUGUUCGAGCAGGGCAAGUGGGACGUGUUCUCUGAGAACUUGCUCGCCGACGUGAAGGGCGCGCGGGCGGCCCUCAACGAGAUCGAGAGCCGCCACCGCGAGCUGCUGCGGCUGGAGAGCCGCAUCCGCGACGUGCACGAGCUCUUCUUGCAGAUGGCCGUGGUGGUGGAGGAGCAGGCCGACACCCUGAACGUCAUCGAGCUCAACGUGGAGAAGACCCUCGACUACACUGGCCAGGCCAAGGCGCAGGUGCGCAAGGCGGUGCAGUACAAGAAGAAGAACCCCUGCCGGACCCUCUGCUGCUUCUGUUGCCCCUGCCUCAACUAGCGGAUCCGCCCGGCCGCC